AAUAUUUCACAAUAUACCUGGGUUCACUCGUGGGCGGAAGUUAAAGUGAAAAACUUUUUAAAAAAAUCUGUUUUAACUGCUGAAAAUUGUUGAGAUUUUGAAAUUACAUUAUCAAAGUGAUGUUACGAACUCUGUGGUUCCUUGGUUUGGUGGCCGUGGCACUUGUCUCCGGACACAACGGCGAUGACACGUACACCAACUCUGUUCAAACGGCCGUCAAAGAUCGAGAUGUAGAAGAUGGCACCGAUGCUAUAUCUAGAUUCCUGGGGUUCAAAUGUCCGAAAGGAUACCGUUGUCUGCCUGUGUUAGAGUGUCUCCCGUGUGACUACGGCACCUACAAAUCUAACGAAGGCUCAGACCUGUGCAAGAACUGUCCAUCUGGCUGUACCACACUGCGGAAAGGGGCGGAGAGCUGGAAGGAAUGUGUCCCCAAGUGUCCACCCGGAUACGAAGAAUCUGAAUGUGGCAAAACCUGCACGAAAUGCCGUGCGGGAUACUACAAAAGCAACUGGAAAAACAAAAUGUGCAACAAAUGCCCCAUGAAUUCCAUAUGGAACCGCAACAUGGUUGGCAUGAAGAAAAAAAGUCAAUGCUAUCAAUCGACACAGCCUGAGUGCCAUAGCUAUACUGGUGACGUGAUAAUAGCAUUGGACGCAUCCGCAAGAGUCAGUGAGGAAGAUUUCACCCGGCAGUUACAAGCCGUUAAUGACUUUAUCGAGGCAUUUGACGUCACGGAGAAAGCCGAUGCCACACGAUUUGCAGUUCUUACGUUUUGCACACAAGUUGGUGAGGUCAUUCAUUUUGACCAUUACGCCAACAAGACUGAGCUACAAAAUGAAAUUGACGGUCUAAGUUGGAUGGGUAGCGACGUUUCCAAUAUCUCUGGAGCUUUAGACUUUAUCAAUUACAAUAUGAUAAACAGUGCUGGAAAUAGGUAUGAUGUACAAGAUACCGUGAUUGUUGUAGCCAACGGAAUGUCUCCGUCGCCAUCUCUGACGUCAUCGUCGGCAGCAAGUCUAAGAGCCGUCGUUGAAAAGGUCUUUUCAGUCGGCAUUGGUAAUGUCAAUGAAACAGAAAUGAACGACAUUGCUUCAAACGACGCAUACACAGUUAUUGUUGAUAACACUGAGGAAUUAGCAAGACGUUUACCCGAGUUAACAAAGGAUGCCUGUGAAUUAUUUAAGAGAGAACCCGAGGAUGCAGUUAGUACACCUGAGCCUACAUCUAUGCCAACUACUCAAGGAGCAGGAAACGACCGUUGCUACCAACAAUACGGAACAUGCAAUGUUGAUGAAUAUGAAAAUGUAAGACUUAAAGGCCUUAACGGAACAAAUUGUCAAAUCUUCUGUCAUUGUGCGCCUGCGUCAACAAUGGAAAAUGGCUACGUCACUUUUUAUUGGGUAGAGCAAUUGUGUUCUCCGGGAACAUUAUUUGAUGGAAGCCUACCAGGCUGUAUACAUUACUACGACGUUAUCUGUACAGAUACUGGACCAUCAACGACACCUGUAACAGUUUUUACAACAACUGCUGAAGCAACAGGCACCAUUGGCUGCACUGUCAACGAGGCAUGUACAAAACAUGACUAUGACGUAAGGAGGCUGAAGCCACAGUUCGGAUCAGGCUGUAGAAAGUUUUGCCAAUGUGCUCAUGACGAAGGAUCCGCCGGCACCGAUGUCACGUAUUACUGGGAGGAACAUACUUGUGCCGACGGGACAUUCUUUGACGAGAGUCUUCCAACACCAGUAUGUAACCAUGACUACCUUGUCGAUUGUGGCGAUGGAACUACAACAACUCAUACACCUAGCGGGCCGACUAACGGGUCGACUAACGGAAGUACAAGUCCUACACCCGUACCUACACCUUCAGGUGACUUCUGUUAUGACGACUACGGCACAUGUACUCAAGACGAUCAUGAUAAUGAAAGGCUUAAAGCUCUAGGAGGCGUGGACUGUUCGAGGUACUGUCACUGCGCACCUUCGUCAACACAAUCGGAUGGUACCACCACCUACUACUGGGAAGAAAAGGUGUGCUCGCCAGGAACUAUUUUCGUUGAAAGUCUUGGUGGAUGUGAUCAUGCGAAUUCAAAUACAUGCGAAGAUGGAACUACAACAACAACUCACACGCCUAGCGGGUCGACUAACGGAAGUACAAGUCCUACACCUGUACCUACACCUUCAGGUGACUUCUGUUAUGACGACUACGGCACAUGUACUCAGGACGAUCAUGAUAAUGUAAGACUUCAAGCUCUAGGAGGUGUGGGCUGUUUGACGUACUGUCACUGCGCGACUGCGUCAACACAAUCGGAUGGUACCACCACCUACUACUGGGAAGAAAAGGAUUGCCCACUCGGAACUAUUUUCGUUGAAAGUCUAGGUGGAUGUGGUCAUGAGAAUUCAUAUACUUGCGAAGAAACUGGAACAACGACGACACAGGCCGCACCAUGAAAUAUAAAACUCGAUGUUGCUAAAGUCUUGUGCCUAAACCUCUGACUCUAAACUAAAAAAAACCACUUCUGACUUUCUUUUAACCAUCCCAUUUUGUUUUAAGGACAGUUUGAAUAGUCGUGUUGUGACAUACACUUCCGUCUAAAUCCAUUUGCAGUGCAAAAUGUCAUUCAGAUUUUUGAUAUAUUUAAACUAGUAAAACUACUUACGACCACUCCAAAAUUACGACCGCACCGCUAAUACGAACGAUUUUGCAAAGAACGGAAUAUUUCCUUCUUAAAACCAAUGGUCGUUUGUCCGAAAAUGCGACCAGACCGCUAAUCCACUAAUGCGACCACCAAUUUCAGAACUGUUUGAUUUUUUCACACUUAAUUAAUCACCGCAAUUACGACCACUCAAUUUCUUCUGUAUGUUACCGCGAAUCGCCGCGGGAAUCAACACGUAAGACAUCGUGUUAACACGUUAAGCGUGUACAUUGUGUAUUUAUCCGUUAAUUGCUACAAGUCUUUUAAACGUUAUCAAAACAACGUAUUAAUCUGUUUGAUUGUCUAAAAUUGUUAUUUAAAAAUAUUUGGUGUUUUACAUCACUAUUUUGACAUAAGAAAUUGUUGAAAUAAUUAAUUUGUUUGUAAUUAGACAAAUGUCCGCUGAUCGAAUUGACUGGAUUAAUACGGAUUUAAUUAGAUCUAAACGGUGUUUUUUGUUAUUAUUGAUGUAAAUACGUUUGGGAUUUCAGCGGAGAAAGAAGUUUGAAAUUGUUUGAUAUUGUUGUAAUUGUCUUUAAUUGAACGAAAUUCAAACCAUUAUCAGUUAAGUGCGUCCUUAAUUAAUACAUAGUUUGAUUAACUCUUUGAUUAACACAGUGAUCAAGUAUUUAAAGCUAAAAAAAUUAAAGAAAAUUAAGGUACAUAUAAAUUGAACACUGUGUUUGCCAUUACUGCGUCUUGAUUGUAUUCCAAUGUGUUAUUAUCUGCCAGACCAUACCCGUAUAGCCUUGUCCACUAAUCAGACCAGACCGCUAAUAAGACCAGUUUUACAAAGAACCAUGGGUGGUCUUAAUAGCGGAAUUCUACUGUAAUAUGUUUCUCAAAAGGCUAAAUUUUACAGAUAAAUAGAUUUUAAUGGCAGAGCUACAGUAACGAGUUUAAAAAAAACUUCUAACUGUUAUGAAAUGUAUAGAGGACGUUUCUUUGUUUUAGUGAAAGCACGAGUGAACAUUUCGCUGUUCCAUAAAACAAACAUAUUUUCUUUUCAAUUCAUUUUGUUUUCCAAAUUAUACCAAUUUUACCCGCGAAGCGUCACGUGAAUUGUGUCAUAGGUUAGAGACCACCAAUUGUUUAACAUAGAAUUCCAUUACUAGUAGUAACAUUAUACGUGUACGGCCUUCCAUAAAUCGAAAUAUGUAUAUCUAAUCACUUUUUUUUUUCAAGAACUAUCUUAGUUCCACCAAAAUAUCGGACGAGAAACAUAUGAAUAGUGAUACUUUAUUUGAGUAAUUUUCUUGUGAAUGAGAUGACCCCCUGUUUACAUCGUUGGCAUUGCGGGAAAAAUCCGUCUGAUAUUUUUUUUUUCAAUACACAUAAAAUGUAGAAAAUUUUGUAAAAUGUAUCUAUAAUAAAAUACUGUAAAUGCAGUAAAAAAUCAAUUUUGAAAAAAAUCUAUUCUUGGGUUUGUUUACAUGACUGACCAAUCAGAACGGACAAACAUUACCUCAUUCCCAGGUAUACACUUACCUUAUUCCCUGUACUUUUUUUGAACUGGUGGUCUCUAGCCCAUAACGUCGUUGCAUUCGUCGUCACAAUGUCGUGACAUAACGAUAUCUUGUUCACAAAAAUGUUAAGGCAGUGGACUCGUGAUAACACUCGGCAUUUGUCGUGUGAUUACGUAUUCUCGUAAUGCAAUCGGUAAUCUUCGGACGUAAAAAUAGCACAAGCGAACAUGCCUUUCUGUUAUACCGGAGAAUGGCGAAAUCACAGACGGAGAAUACAUAAUUUGCUGAUUAUCAAUACGGAUCCACUACCUUAAAUAAUUCCAUGAUCUACUAGAUUUGUUUUUUACCUUUUGAUACGAUGGAGGGUAUAUGUUUAUGUAUUUGUAUGUAUUUAUAUACAUUUGUGUAUUUUUGAGAAAUUCCGUACCAGUAAAAAUAAAAAUGAUAGAUUCACUGUUUUGAAACACAGAAAAUAUCAAUAUUCUUUCACUGAUAUAUUGCCAUUUCCAGUAUUUCACUGAAAAGCAUCAAAUAAAAUUUUGUACAUCAGAUUAUUGUAAACACCAGAUUCGCUUAUAAGAUAGAGGAGGGAUUAUAACGAUCCUUUUAUACAAGUAAUCAUCCAACCAUUUAUAACGCUGAAAAUUUUUCGAAAUCGGACCACUUUUGAAAAGGAUAUAAAAGAUUGACAUUGAAGAAAAUGGCUCUUUGUUGAGGCAGCCAUUUUAAUGUAAAUGACAUCAUUACUACUCUGCUGAAUGAUUUUUAAACCUAAUACCCUUUUAAAUAGGUUAAUUCUUAUACUUUCUUACAGUUUAGAUAUAACGCACUAUAGUACCAUGUGAUCUAAAUGGAAACUUAGAGAUAUCUUUUUUCCCCCAAAAAAAUUUCGUUGAAACUGAUGACUUGAAAUAUAUAAAAUUUAUCCGCCAUUUUGCAAGUCCACCGACAGCGAUCAUGACGUCGGAAAGAAAUGCAACACUUGCAUAACACGGAUGAAAGGGCAAAGAAUUUUAUAGAAAAUCUGCCUUUUCGACGAUUUUUAAAAAUAUUUUGCUUCGAGAAUAGAUCUAUAAAUUAUUUAACACUAAUACCGAAGAGUUUCUGUACAAAUAUUGUUGUUGUUUUCUGCAAUGUUUUUAUUUAGGCUAUAUAUUUUUGUUUGUCUUGAAAAAUUCAUAUACAUGUAUUAUAUAUAAAAACUGAGAUGUAUUUCAUUAGCUCAUCUGAGAACGAAGUGCUCAGGGUGAGCUGUUGGGAUCACUCACCGUCUGCGUCCGUCCGUCCACACGUUUCUUCAGACGACAUCUCUGAAACCGAUUAAACUUUGCCUGGAUGUUCUUUGCAUGGUCCUCUACCAAAGUUGUUCAAAGAAUUCCAUUCGAUAUAGAAUUAUUGUUGCAGUGGCAAUCAAAAGAAAACCUUUAACAAUCUUCUUCCCCAAAAUGGCAAUGCCCGGCGAGCCAGAGUUUAGAUAUUUGACAUGUAGCAUUUUUAGUGGUCCUGUAAUAAACAUUUGUUAAAAUCAUGCCCAAGUGGUCAAAAUUACCGCCUUUCGUGGGUUCACUUGUUUUACAUAGACUUGUAUAAAAAAACUUUAAAAAAAAAUAAUCUCAAACCGUAAGACCCAGAACUUAAAUAUUUGGUUUGUACAAUUGUGUAAAUGUCCUCGACCAGGUUUGUUCAAAUCAUGCCCCUUGGAUCAAACUGGCCCAACCGCUGGGGUAAUUUAAUUUCUUGUCUCAAACCUCAGGGCCGAAAGCUUAGAUAUUUGGCAUAUAGCAUUGUGUAGAGGUAUUGUACUAAGUAAUUAUGUACGCAUUUGAGUCAGGUGAGCAAUAUAGGGUCAUCAUGGCCCUCUUCUUAUAAGAAACCUUAAAGUGACUCGCCGCCAGACUUUAAUAACAUCAGAAUAUCAUAAUAUAGUCCCUAAGGUAUUAAAAAUAAAAAAGCAAUAGAAUUUAUGUUGAUGAUUUCAAAAUGAGUACGAGUGUGAUAAAAAGCGUUGCAGUCGCUUUGAGGCCUUUACUAAAUAUUUGACAUAUCAAAAACGUUGGAGCAGGGGAGCGCCGUCCCCAGUUUGAAAUCGCUCUUACGCUACUGAAUACUUUUUCAUGUACCAUAAUUAUCAUAUUAUAGUUUUUGCUAAAUUUCCUAAAAAAUGUGGAAGCGUGUCUCUUUAAAGCAACUCGUUGCUGGGGCAGCGUAAACAAGUAAAAUGAAGUCGGCAAUGUCCGUUUGAUUACGUAAUCUCCGUACAUUCAGAAAGUGUGAAGUUGAAUAAGAGAGUACCUAUAAAUCGUAUCGGCACCUUAUUUUUGAUCAGUGCGACAGGGGGUUGAGUAAAAAGCAUGUGUAAUAAAAUCAUUGAUCUAUAUGUGUGCUUAUUUCACACAUGUAAAACUAAUCUAACAAUUCUAUUGCAAAGUAGAUGAUGAAAAAAUAUGCAUUCUUAAAAAAGGUCUAAGCUAAAAUUAUCAAAAGUAUUUUUAGAUAUAUCAUUCAAAAACUCUGUAGCCGUUCUACUAAUGAAUAAGAUACUGCUUUAUAUAUUUCCAAAAUGAAAAAUGAGUAUGUUAAGCACUAAAAAAAAAACUGCCAAAAAAUGGUUCCAGUUUUACUCAACUGAAUUUGAAAAAUUGUAUACAUUAAUGUUGCAGCGAGUACAUUAUUUUUCGAUGCUACCGACAACAACAUUGUGCUUACUUAGUUAAUGUCGGAGUUCAUUGACCAUAUUCAAGUUGUUUGUUGUUUUUUAGUAUUUUUGUUUGAAAUUUGGAAUCCAUGUAUUGUUACACAAACGGGGACAUUACUGACUGAUCCGUCAAAUAUGUAAUGGAGUUUGAGAACUUUUUUUUUCGGAAUUCUAUAAAAAAUAUUUGGGAUAUGUUACUUUUAUGCCAAAUAAGAUAUUCGUAAAGUUUUUUGAUAUAUCCGUCAAAUUGAAUUUUUAAAACAAUUUUCGUUCCAAAGUACCUAAAUUUUACCGUUUAAAAACAGUUUUGUUAGAUCAUGGAUAAUUUCAAUAUAAAAUUAAAUUAAAUAUUUUGUAAAACUUGAAAAGUUCCUGUUACCAUAUGAAUGGAAUUUCUUUCGACCUGUAUCAACAAGGAACUCAAUAAAAAAUCUUGUUACAGUAAAGGUGGAUCAGACAGUAGUUUUUCUUGUUGUGUAUAUUUUGUUUGUUUUUAAUGUUUAUUCAUUUUUGUGUUUUGUUAAAGCUGAAAUUUUCUGAAGAUUAUCUUACAAUUGUAUUUGUUGCAUAGAAGUGACCGUGAUUUAGUUAAGGUAGUUAUGCACGUUUGAUAAACCGGGAAUAAUUACGUUGCGUCAUUAUCCAGGUAAUAUAGAAUAAAGCCUAGACCCGCUGUACGGAAGAGAAAAUUAUCGUACGUAUAAAUUUCACCCCGUGUGUACACUUAUAAGACAGCAACAUUACAUUAAAUUGUUUAACGUUUCAUCCAAAUCUACAUUGCAGAAAAAAUCUUUUCGCAAAACUGACAUCAACAUUGUGAUUUUUUCUUUAUAUCCCAUUAUGAAAACUUACGUGAGAUCCAUCUCUUUUAAAAAUAAGUCUAGCAAAAAGUCAAGCGCACGAUCCUAUCAUUUUUAUUUUUCCUCAUUUUCUUAGUAUAACAUUAUUUUUAUUUAUUAUUAAGUUUCUUUAAAAAAAGAAGGGCUUAAAAUUCCAAAUUGUAUAGAAAAAAACGAUUUGAACUUGCAGAACUACCUUAAUGAAGAAGUCCACUUGCUGUUUAUGCAGAUUUUAACUGAAGCCCCGACUCCUUCUGGCUCGUGCAUCAACUUUGUCUUUUGUGUUUUAGCUGAUGCCGUAGCUCAUUGUUUACUGAUACAUGUGAUAGUUGUUGUUUGUUUGUGUUUUUAAUUUGGUCAUGCAAAAUACAUCUAAUGCAGAGAAAGCAAUUUUAAUUGCAUACACAGUUUUUGAACAAAGUCAACGAUUUCUCUUCAUAAUUUUGUAGAAGUUACACCAGUAUAUCAUUCUAUUUAUGCCAAAACUAUUCAGCUUAAAAUUGUUAAAAUUCAUUAUUUUAAUGACGGACAGCAUAUAGAUGAUAAUGUUGCCCUUUCUUUAAAGAUUUUGGUAUUUUCAUUAAAUAAAACAUCUUGUUAUAUGUU